CGUUGGAGUCAACGCCCUUUCCUUUGCGGACCAAUCGGAAUCUAGAAUUCAGGUCACCAGCGCUCUCACUUCCGCCCGGUCUUCCUCGGUCUCUCUCUAACUUCUUGCCGAGACGAGACGGUUCGCCGCCGACUCGGACCUGCUUCCGCGGCUGGGGCGGCAAGGCCCGGAGGCGGCGGGCGGGAUGAGCGCGGUGCGCGGCGGAGCGGCACGGACGCUGAGGGUCCCGGGCCGCCACGGCUACGCCGCUGAAUUCUCCCCGUACCUGCCGGGCCGCCUGGCCUGCGCCGCCGCGCAGCACUACGGCAUCGCGGGCUGUGGAACUCUAUUGAUAUUGGAUCAAAAUGAAUCUGGGCUUAGGCUUUUCAGAAGCUUUGACUGGAACGAUGGUUUAUUUGACGUGACCUGGAGUGAGAACAAUGAACAUGUCCUUGUCACCUGUAGUGGUGAUGGCUCGCUACAGCUAUGGGACACUGCCAAGGCCACAGGGCCACUGCAAAUCUAUAAAGAACACACUCAGGAGGUGUAUAGUGUUGAUUGGAGUCAAACCAGAGGUGAACAGCUUGUGGUGUCUGGCUCCUGGGACCAAACUGUCAGAUUGUGGGAUCCAACUGUUGGAAAGUCUCUGUGCACAUUUAGAGGCCAUGAAAGUGUCAUUUAUAGCACAAUCUGGUCUCCCCACAUCCCUGGUUGUUUUGCUUCAGCCUCAGGUGAUCAGACUCUGAGAAUCUGGGAUGCAAAGGCAGUAGGAGUCAGAAUUGUGAUUCCAGCACAUCAGGCAGAAAUUUUGAGCUGUGACUGGUGUAAAUACAAUGAGAAUUUGCUGGUUACAGGGGCAGUUGACUGUAGUUUGAGAGGCUGGGACUUAAGGAAUGUGCGACAACCAGUCUUUGAACUUCUUGGUCACACCUAUGCUAUUAGGAGGGUGAAAUUUUCACCAUUUCAUGCAUCUGUGCUGGCCUCUUGCUCCUAUGAUUUUACAGUAAGAUUCUGGAACUUUUCAAAGCCUGACCCUCUUCUUGAAACAGUGGAGCAUCAUACUGAGUUUACUUGUGGUUUAGAUUUAAGUCUUCAGAGUCCUACUCAGGUGGCUGACUGUUCUUGGGAUGAAACGAUAAAGAUAUAUGAUCCUGCUUGUCUUACCAUUCCUGCUUGAGAUAACUACUGUGGACAGAAACAGAGGAUGUUGGUUGAAGAACUACUUAACAGCAAAUAAAUUAACUGUUAGGAACAUAGACAUUAUGCUUUUAUAUGCUGUUCAGAUUUCAAAUUUUUCAAAUUUACCCUGGAAUCAGUUUUGAGGCAGCUGGUAAACACUUUUGGUAAACACUUUGGCUCAGUCUUUUAAGCCUGGUACAUAAGCCAUAUUGCUUUAAAGCCUAAGGGAUAAUUGAUACUAUGGUAUAUCUUGCAAUAUCUAUUAAAAUGUAAUCUCUGUAUUGUAAAAUGGAUUAAAGAAUGGGAGAUCAGUAGAUUGUAUUGAUAGUGAUGUAUUUCAUUUUUAACUUAUGUCAUUUGUGAUAUAAAAUAUAAUCACUGCUGUUGAUAAAAAUCAAACUGCAUCUCGUGAUCAUUUAUCAUUUUA